AUGUACUCCACACCUGUGUUUGCUGUUGACCUUCUGGAAAUGGGCUAUAUGAACCAUAAAGAGUUCCAGGUUUGUCCUGGUGACCAGCAAGUUAAGGCUCUGUCCACGGUGCUGAAGGCACCCCCCCCAAAGUGGUUCUCAUGGUCUCUGUCCCUGCAGGAAGCUAUAGUCAGCACAUGGCUCCAAUUCAGUGAUGGCUCAGUGACACCCCUGGACAUCUAUGACACCAAGGACUUCUCCUUGACGGCCACCUCCUUGGACGAGACUGUCGUGUCCAUCCCACAGCCCCUCUCACCUUGGUGGCCCACUGUGGUGGCUGAAGGAGAAGGCCAGGGCCCAUUGCUCCGAGUGGACAUGUCCAUUGCUGAGGCCUGUCAGAAAUCCAAACGCAAGAGUGUGCUAGCUGUGGGCAUCGGCCACGUGGGGGUCAAGUUUGGAUGGGACGAUGCUGAUGCCAUUGAGACUGGCGAUAAGGAUGAGGAGGAAAUAAAGAACCAUGCCAGUGAUCGCCGGCAGAAGAUUCAGGACCUGGACCGCCCAGGCCAGGAUGAGCGCUACCAUGGCAACUCUCCUGGGGAUUGUGAGGAAGGGGCCCUGCUGAGUGCCACCACCACUGCCAAGUCCCUGCUGGAUAACAAAGUGGGGAAGAGUGGCAGGCUGGAUGGGGCCAGGCUACACAGCAUCCCCAUAGACUUCACCAACUUCCCAGCCCAUGUGGACCUCCCCAAAGCCGGAAGUACACUGGAGGAGAAUGGUCUGAUGCAGACUGCCCAUGGCCUGAGUGACCUGGAGAUUGGAAUGUAUGCCCUCCUGGGUGUCUUCUGCCUGGCCAUCCUUGUCUUUCUCAUUAACUGUGCCACCUUUGCCUUCAAGUAUAGGCACAAACAGGUGCCUCUGGAAGGCCAGGCAUCCAUGACUCACUCUCACGACUGGGUAUGGCUGGGCAAUGAGGCAGAACUCCUGGAGAACAUUGGGGAUGUGUCACCUCCCCAAGAUGAACACACGACCAUCAUAGACCGAGGGCUGGGAGGCUGUGAAGAGAGCAACCACCUGCUUCUCAAUGGUGGCUCCCAGAAGCACAUGCAGAGCCAGGUCCACAGGCCACCCAGCUCCGGGGGGCGGCAGGGCAGGGAGCUCAGGCAGGAACCUGCAAACUCACCCACCUCCAAGAUGAAGAAGGUGAAGUUUGCCACCUUCACCAUGCCACCCGAGGACAACUGCCCCACAGUGAACUCUAUCCUCAGUGGGGACGAUGACAUCAAAUGGGUCUGCCAAGACCUAGAUGUGGGCACAUCUAAGGAACUCAGAACCUAUCUGGAGAAAUUCCAAGACAAUGUGUAGCAUUCUGGCCACCUCUCCAACUCGGACAGUGUCCUCCUUUCUUCCUUCCCUCGGCCGAGUAGUGGACUGAGCGAGAAAGAUUGGGGCCCACAAAAUGCCAGCUAGCCAUUUAGAAGCUGGGAAGGGAGGUUUUUAUAUUAAAGGGUUUUUUGUUUUGUUUUGUUUUGUUAGCAGUUGAGGAUGGAUAGGUUUCCAGAAGUUUGAGUCUCUGACUCCACAGGGAGGCAGAGUUGAUCCACGACAGAACUCCUCAGAGGUGAGAGGGUUAUUUUCUGACUCAAGAUACACUGCAGAAAAGCUACCAAAAAUAUUUGUUAAAAAAAUACAAAAAAGACAAAUAAAAAGACACAAAUGACUGUUGGUUUAUAUUUCUAAUAAAGGAACAAAAUGUAAACAUAGGGCUUGCUAAGAGGCAGCCUCCAUUUUAAUUCAAUCUUCAUGUUUCUGAGGACAGCCCGUGUCCAUCAACCUGGUACCCAGGACAAAGUACAUCUUGUACUGGUUGUCUCUUAGGAAGAACAAGAAUUUUACAUUCAAUUCUAUAUUCCUUUUUGCUUCCACGUCUCCUUCUUGUGGCCUAGGCUUCCAUUUGAUUGAAUUUCAUGUUUAUUUCCAAGGACCGAGUGGUAUAUUUUCCUAAAUGAAAUAUAAAUUAUAUUUCUAUUCACUAGGUAGGGUUUUUUUUCCCUCUUUUUAGGAAGAUCAUCAAUGAGUCCGAGCUUGAUGUUGUAACAUUAACCUGUUUUUACAUCUCCCUGCUCUGUUGGCCUUUUCUGGCUUUUUUUUUUCUUUAAACAGUAUAGGAAGUGCUCAGUGCCUCCCAUGGGGAGAGCGACUUCCACAGCCGUCACCAGUUGGGUCAGGCCAGCGGGUGGAAGAAUGUUCACAGCUAUCUGAAUAGGAUGUGGCCAGGAGAACAGAGCACAGACUGUGACACCCGGCCACUCCCUGUGAAGUCAGAGACUCGGUGUCUCCCUCAGUGUGAACACUGUAGAGAGAUGUUAGUCCAAUCAUAAGGGCAGGGUGUUCAGAGCCAGGCAGAUGGGCCAUGGCUACCACAAGAGACAGCCAACACUGUACUGAACUAACAGAAAAGAUGUUUGGGGGUACAGUUGAGUUAUCAGAUUUUAUUGGGCAGGGUGAACCAACAUAAGCUCAAAAUGAUAAAAAAAAAAUCUAUGUUAGAUUGUCAAUUAAACUGUGGCUUUGCACAGCGGUGUAACAGCACAGCACAGAACUGUAUCCACUCGGAGCAGAGUGAUUGCAUGAAGAGUGAGCAGAUGAACUCCUAGGAUGUCCAGGGCCUGGCGCUCUCCAUCCAUCAUCAGAGGGAGAGGACACCCGGUACUGUGACCCUCAGCUGAGCAGCACUCAUAGACAUACCAGGGGAUGGCCAUUGUUUUCGUGUUUUUCUAUUACUAAAAUCUGUAGCUGAGAAAAGGUCCUGGAAGCCUGGUGACCUUGGUUGGACGUUGGACACGUAUGUUUGUCGCAUUUACAGUAGAUUUUCAAAGCUAUUUAUUUAACCCGUGGUGGCAGUUGUCAUUAAAACGCUUGCCAUGGCUUCACAAAUGAGUGUCUCAUGGGAUUUUCCUGUCUCAUCUACUUCCUGCCCCCCGAGCCUACCCAGAUAGAGCUGAAGCAUUCCCCUGCUAAAGAAGAAGCGACACACCUGCCUCUCCCUCGCUUCAUUCGCGAUCAGAUCCAGAGUUAUUCCGAUGGAAUACAAUCUCUAUCCUAUACCCACUGCCACCUACCUGUCCCUGGGUCACAGCAGGGCAGCUGGAGGCAGCUGGUCACAACCCAGUCAGGAAGCAGACAGAGACAAAUGCUGGUCUCGGCUCAUUUUCUCCUUAAUAUUCAGUUCGGGUCCCCAGUCCAUGGGAUGAGGCUGCACUCGUUCAAGGUGGGUCUUCCCUCCUCAGCUCCUCCUGUCUAGACACUCUCACCCAGACACACCCAGAGAUUUAUCCCCUAUGUGACUCUAGAACCUGAUGAGGUCAUCAAUGGCAACCAUGACUACCCAAAUCCCAGGGAACCGCUAAGUGGCAGCUGCCAUUCAAGACUUUCUAGAGAGAUGGCUCAG